AAGUUAUUAAUGUAGUACCCAGUGUGACUUUAUUCUUAGAGCCAGUGGAAUACUCUGUGGAUAAGGCUAAUUUUCAACGCCAAGAUGAUUCCAGUAUGUCUUCAUCUGCAUGCUCGGGUGACACAUUACCCAAACACAACUUAGGGAUGGAAAUGCAGAGUACCAGAGAAGCCAGGUUAGACUCACUCCCAGCUCUAAAAUGCUUUCCAACAUACUGGAAACGCUCGCUGACAGUCUAUUCAUACAAAUCCUAUCCUAGCGAUGCAGACUUCAGUGAAGUGGCAGAGGCACUCACACAGACACACCCCUGUCUGAAAGAACCUGGGUCCUUCAACCACAGUUACGGAUGGAAACAGAGACUCAAGACGAAGAUGUACAACUAUCGCACAUACCUGAAAUCACACAGUUCAUCAUCUGACGAGCUGACUGUGAAUACUCUGAAAAGAAAGUUGCUGACGGAUGCCCACCCAGCAAAGAACAUAAAGAAACCUAGGCGAGCUGAGUCUAACCAUUACCCAUCUCUGCAUUUCAACGAGACACCAGAGUCCAUGGAGCAAGAGAGAGUGGCCCUCUUGUCUGAGGUAAAGAAAAGGAACAAUGUCCAAACAAUAAGACAGAAGAUGGCUCGGACGUUCGCAUUUCGGAGGCAAGAAAUUGUCGACAAGAAAACAUCUUUGCACGAAAUGAUCGAGAGAUGGCCAGCACUCUUCGAAGUUCAAGAGGUGAAUGAAGAAUUCAUCAGAGUAACCACAAUACCCCUUGAAGCAAGGUUCAUGCAGAAACUUGACGAGAAGUGCAGUGAACUAAUUCAAGUCGUCAGAAAGAAGGGUGGAGCUAUCCGGGAGAAGACAAAGCUCCUGCCAUUUGUGGAAACGGAUACUGACACCACUACAAAGAGGGAGAUUGCUCUCAAAUGUCUCAUCCUCAACAUGGGAGAAUCGGUGGAGGACCUGAUCAAAGAAUUCCUGGUGUCGGAGAAGGAUGAGGCUGGACAAAUUCUUCAGCGGGAAACCAUCGCAAUCUUCGUCAUCAGAGAUGCACAAGCCGCAACCGAAGACAUUGGCAUCAUUCUUGAGGGACAAGAGGUUGUGAAUAAGUUGGCGUCUGUUGCAAAUGCUGUCGCCAUUCUCCUGGGCUUCCUUUAUGCUCUCAAUCUGGAAUAUCCCAAGACAUUAAAAUUGACAUUUGAAUAUAUCCAGAAAGUCUUCAUGGAGCUGGACCCGAAAGGCAUGGCCACCAAGGUCAAGAAGCUCUAUGACCAGCUCUACAAUAGAGCUUAGUUCAGGUUUCCUACACGUCCAAGUUUUCCAGUAAUGGAAAAUUAUAAAGACAAUAACAAGUCACAGAAAACGUAUGUGACUGUCCUGGAGAAUGAAAAGGUUACACACCUGUUGUGUGACUAGUUAUGGUUCGUCAUUCUGAAGUUCAACUGUUUGAAAAUAUAAAAACUGUCAUAGCAAUUACCCUGUGGCACUGAUGGGCUCUACUCUGGCUGGUAGAGUACGCAAGUUGCGUACGCAUUUGGUUUCAAAGGUCAAUAUGUUUGGCUGCCAGCUCUUCAAAGUUCCAAUCUGACCCUUGAGAAACUUGACUGUUUUCUGGCAAGAAUUAUUUUUCAUUUUUAUGCCUUUAGGCAUACAACUGCGGUGCAGUUUUUCUAUGUAUUUUAAAUUGUUACAUUUUAUUUGAACAAUGCAGAUACCCUGUAAAUUUGUUUGUUUUAUAAGUAAUAAACAUCAC